GGUCAGUCCAAAAUGGAAAUGGUAGUAUGGUGAGGAGCAUCUAUGGACAGAGUCAAUAUUCGUGAGUCAUUGAUCUGGAACUGCUCCGAGAUGAUAUAAUCCAUAUGAGAAAUAUUCAUUCUCGUGACGCCUUCAAACAUCCUGUGAAUAUCUGAUGUCUCAUUACUACCUGCCAACCUCGAUAAACCCAGACCAAUAUUUGAUUGAUCGCCAGUACUAUUUGAAGCCCAAGACAAGACGCAAGACGCAAGCUGUUUCUGAGACAAACCAAACCACUUUCCAUUUAAGUGUGUAUGCAAAGCCACCUCGUAGAAUGGUGAAGACGAUAUAAAAAUAUGCGAAGAGAAAGGGAAUAAUAAAUACGCGUGUUAUAAAGUUACUGGAGCAGCUAAAAGGCCUAGAGAGACAAUGAUAUGGUAUGUCUAAUGAAACAAUGGAAAGGUUUGAGCGACCAAGAAAUGAACACGAAUUUUAGAAAAACGAUAGCACGGACAUGAUGAUGUACAGAGGUUGGAUGAAAUU